AUGGAAUCCAAAGUUCUUGUAGAUGACAGAGGAGAGAAAUGUAUAAAACACUAUAGCAGUUCUCACAAGAUUUUGCUAGUUGGUGAGGGAGAUUUCUCCUUUGCCGCAAGGCUUCAUCAGAAUGUUAUUAAGGCAUUCUUGAAGAAUGCACGUGAUAUGUUAACAGAGAGUGGUCAAAUACACGUGACUCAUAAGACAUCGUACCCGUAUACUAUGUGGGAAAUAACAAAACUAGCAGAGGAGGGUGGGUUGCAGUUAGUGGAAGAAGUGCCUUUCACGAAAUGGGAUUAUCCAGCUAUCAAAAUAAAAAAGCAUAUGGGUAUAAAAGCAAUAGGACAUUCCCUGUCGGAGAAUGUAGUACUUUCAAAUUUGCCAAUGCCUUAA